GAAUGAUAAAUGCCCAACAACAACAACAACAAUCUGCCUCAUCAAUACCGAUGAUGAUGCAAACAUUCGAUGCAACAUGGGAUGCAUUGAAAUGUGCAAUGAAAAUAUCUUUGAUACAGAUGGCCAAAUAUCAUAAUAAUCAAAUGUCUUGCUGUGGUCUUUGGAUAGUAAAAUGGUUUAUAAAAUCAUCUGCUGAAGAAUAUUGUGAAAGACCGGAUGGUGCAAAACAAAUAUUCGAUCAAUAUAUAAAUGGUGAUCUUAUUUAUAAUCAAAUGGUACGAUCAGUAUUAGGUGAUCCAGAUUUAAGUUGUGAUCCAUAUCCAGAAGGUUCAUCAGCUUGUACACGUUUAUGGAUUAUAUUAAUAUUAUUGAUUGUAAUUGGUAUUGUAUCCAUGUAUCUAAUUAUAAUGUGGUGUUGUUGUGUUACUUGUUUUUGGUGUAGAACACGAAAAGAAAAUCGUCGUUUACGUGCAAGAAUAUUGGGUAUUGAUGGUCCAGAAGAAUCAUCAACAAUGACAUCGGUAUCGACAACUAAUCUAAUUGAUAGUAGUAGCAAUAAUAAUAUUAAACAACAACAACAACAACGAGAUGAUAAAAAUAAACAAAAAUCAUCAACAACAAAUGUAUCGAUGAAUAUUCAAUCGCCACCAUUAAAUCAGAAUCCAUUACAUGAACAAAUGCAUUCAAUGAAUAAUAAUCAUAAUCAACAACAACAACAGAAAACAGCGAAUGGUUUUCUUGCACUAAAUGCAUAUACAAGACCAUUACAGAUUGGUAAUAAUGAUAAUUCAUCGGAUAAAAUACCGAUACCAAUCGAUGAUGAUGAUGAUCUUAUAGUGACAGGUGAUUCAAAUAAUAAUAAUAAUGAAAAUCUACACACUUUCAAUGAUGGUAAUAAUAAUGGUGAUGAUAUUGGAAAUAGAACAAAUCAAUCUGAUGAUCUUAAAAUGUAG